AUGGCCAGGUGGGUCUACAACUUCGGCGAUGGCGAGGCCGACGGCCGAGCGGAGUUGAAGAAUCUCCUUGGUGGCAAGGGCGCCAACCUUGCGGAAAUGGCUUCCAUCGGGCUGCCCGUGCCACCCAAUUUCACCCUUACGACAGAGGUCUGCGCGCACUUCUAUCAGAAUGGUUGCAACUAUCCUAAGGAGCUCAACAAGCAGGUCGAGGAGGCACUGGCUUUGGUCCAGCAGCGCACCGGCCGUGUUUUUGGCGACUCCACCAACCCACUUUUGGUCUCAGUCCGCUCGGGGGCACGCGCGUCCAUGCCAGGAAUGAUGGAUACGGUGCUCAACCUGGGCUUGAACGAUCAGACGGUGGAAGCUUUGGCAAAGAAAUCGGGUGACCGGCGCUUUGCCUUCGACAGCUACAGGCGCUUCGUGCAGAUGUACUCGGACGUUGUUUUGGGCAUCGAGAUCAGCCACUUUGAGAAGCACUUGGAGCGUGCGAAGGAGAAGCGCGGUGUGAAGCAGGACUGCGAGCUGCCUGCUGAGGACUUGGAGAAGUUGGUGAAAUCGUACAAAGCUGUAGUGCAGUUGGAGCUGGGCGAGGAUUUCCCCGAAGAUCCGAAAGCCCAGUUAUGGGGUGCUAUCGGUGCUGUCUUCAACUCCUGGAUGAACCAGCGAGCCAAGACGUACAGGCAGCUGCACGACAUUCCGGAGUGGUGGGGCACCGCUGUGAACGUCCAAGCCAUGGUCUUCGGCAACAUGGGCAGCGACUGUGCCACAGGCGUUGCCUUUACUCGUGACCCCUCCACGGGAACCAACGAAUUCUACGGUGAGUUCUUGGUGAAUGCCCAGGGUGAAGAUGUGGUUGCCGGAAUCCGCACACCGCAAGAGUUGACUAUCAAAGCCCGCAAGUCCCAUGGUUCGGAUCUGCCCUCUUUGGAAAAGGUGAUGCCACAGAUUUUCAAGGAGCUGCUGUCGGUGCGGAGCCAGCUGGAGACCCACUACAAGGACGACAUGCACGAUAUUGAGUUCACAAUACAGCAAGGCAAACUCUACAUGCUGCAGACGCGCAACGGAAAGCGCACGGCUCCAGCUGCACUCAAGAUUGCCGUUGAAAUGGCCCAAGAAGGCUUGAUCUCCAAGCAGCAAGCUAUCCUUAGCUUGAAGCCUGACUUGGUAGAUCAGCUGCUUCACCCCACGCUGGACCCGAAGGCUAAGAAGGAUGUCAUCGCCAAGGGCCUUCCUGCCUCUCCCGGUGCUGCUGGCGGCAAGGUUGCUUUGCUGGAGUACACUUUGGUUUCCACCUUUACCAUGGAUCAUCAAGAGCUCUUUUCCAGGCCUUGUUUUGCUUUCCGCAUGUUCAUAACCUGGCUUGUUCAGGUUGUCUUCUCUGCUGACGAAGCAGUGCGACGGUGCAAGGAUGGCGAGAAGGUCAUCUUGGUUCGCAUCGAGACCAGUCCCGACGAUAUCCACGGCUUGCACGCAGCUGAGGGAGAUCUGACCACCCGAGGUGGCAUGACAAGCCAUGCUGCGGUGGUCGCCCGCGGGAUGGGCCGACCCUGUGUGGCGGGUGCGGGUGCGAUCACCGUGGACUAUACUGCAGCGAAGCUCACCGUGGGUGCGGUCACGGUUGCAGAGGGGCAGAUCCUCACUAUUGAUGGAAGUACAGGAGAGGUCAUUGUUGGCGAAGUGCCAACCGUGCCUCCACAGCUGUCUGGAUCCUUCGGGACCAUCAUGGAGUGGGCGGAUGAGUUCCGGGACAUGAAGGUCCGUGCCAACGCAGAGACGCCAGCCGAUGCUCGACAAGCCAAGGAGUUCGGCGCAGAGGGCAUCGGUCUUGUGAGGACGGAGCACAUGUUCUUCGAAGGUCAGCGCAUUGUGGCCAUGAGGCAGAUGAUCUUGGCCACGGAUGAGAGCGAUCGGCGGCAGGCGCUGGAGAAGCUCUUGGUCAUGCAGCGCGAAGAUAUCACCGAAUUGUUCCAGAUUAUGGACGGAAUGCCCGUGACGGUCCGCUUGCUGGAUCCUCCGCUGCACGAGUUCAUCCCGCUUCUGGGCCUUUGA